AUGGAUCAUAAUAAGGAAAAUACUUCAUCGGACCCUAUCAGUUUCUUCCCAUCUGAGAUCACUGCAAAGAUAUUCAAUUAUCUGGACACCAAAGACAUCUUAGCAGCAUCAGAAGUAUCGAAAAGCUGGUAUAAUUUCAUCGCAGAUUCAUCGCAUUGCCUACGAAAAGUCAAACUCAACUUCAAUGCAAAGAUGAUUGCUGAUGGAGAAGGCAUCGACAAUUGUAUUUCUAUUAUGGAAAAUAAUCGUCGCAGCUAUGAAAACAUCGAUAUUACUGGAAUCUUUUUCCGCAACGUAAUGCAAGCCUUGGACAUGAUGAAAACUUCAACACGAUGGAAGAACAUGAAUAUGAAAAUUUCAUCAUUCGACUCAAGGAUGGACUAUUCGAUCUACUUCAAUACUUUUGCAAAUACAAUGGAAGAUCUUCGUAUGGAAAACAUCAGAGUCCUUAACAACAAUCACGAUGCAGUGGCUCGAGACUUAAGUUUCCCAAAACUUAAAGUCCUCCAAGCAUACAACAUUGAACCGGCUAUUAUCGAGGAUGUAUUUCGCAACAUUACAACUUUAGAUAAAUUAAUCUUGGGUAGUUACUAUCUCACCGAGAAAGCAAAGGACAACAUCGUGAAACUUCUGAAAUCUAACAAGGACUUGAAGAUUUUAGAGUUGAGCUACUCUUGCUUCGAUGAUGUCAUGGCAACAGAAAACAUCAACGAGGGAAUUCAAUUCAAACUUGAAAAGAUGUACAUCGGCGGAGAUUUCUUCAAUUGCUACAAUUAUCAAGAUUGCAUAAGGAACAAUUUCAUCAAUUUUCUAGCAUCACAAAGGGAAAGCUUAACAACUCUUGUUUUCGAUGCAUGGAUGGGUCUUGACAUCCUGAAAAUGAUUUAUCAACUCCCAAAUUUAAAGUUUCUCUGUAUCGGAAAUAUGCACAUUGUCAAUGAAUCAAUUGAUUGGGAAAAUGUUUGCUUACCAAAAAGUAAAUCAUUAACUGAAGUUACUCUGUUGGAAUUCCCAGAUAGUUGUGACAUGUUGAAAGCAUUCGCAUCAGGCACUCCAACUUCACGAAUAAAUGUAACUUUCAAACCUUACUUAAAUUUCCUUCAACGUUUGCAUGUCGCUUAUAAAGUUAAAAGGACAUUCGGAAAAGAAUUGAAUUUAAAUGUAACUAAUUGGUAUUAA